UUGUCCCUGCGUGUUCGUGCGGGAGGUCGAGCCUCGGAGAUCCGGAACCGGGAGAGAGAAAGAGGCAGAGAGAGAGAGAGUGGGGGAGAGAGAGAGAGAGAGAGGUUCCGUCCGUGGAUCCCGCAGCUGCCGCAGCUCCAGCUCUGCGUGGAUUCUUCAAUCGAUCCGCGAUCGCUCCGAUGGAUCAGUGAGGAUCUGGAUCUGCGUGUCUCUGCGUGAAUUUCUGCGUGUUUGCCGGCGGUUCGGAGCGGUUCUGCGGCCAUGGGUUUCUACGGCACCCUGAAGCUCAUCUUCUACAAGAUGAAGAGGAAGCUGGAUCACGGUCCAGAUGGCCGGCCGUUCCCCUCAGGAAAGAAGCACUGCAAGGGGAACGGGUACCUCAGCCCCUCCAGUCUGGCUCAGGCCACGCCCACGACCUUCGGCGACCUGCGGCUAGCCAAUGGGCAUUCAGCUCAGCGCCGACGCGUCAACUCCGGCCCACCUCCCUCCGGGCUGCAGGACUGGCUUCUCACCUUCCAGACGUGGAGCGGCCCGGAGAGGCUGCUGGCUCUGGACGAGCUGAUCGAUCGGUGCGAGACCAGCCAGGUGAAGCACAUGAUGCAGGUGAUCGAGCCUCAGUUCCAGAGAGACUUCAUAUCUCUGCUCCCCAAAGAGCUCGCCCUGUACGUGCUCACCUUCCUGGCCCCGAGGGAUCUGCUGCAGGCGGCGCAGACCUGCAGGUACUGGAGGAUCCUGGCCGAAGACAACCUGCUGUGGCGGGAGAAAUGCCGUGAGGAAGGCAUAUCAGACGGCGUGCCGUAUCGUCGCAGAGAGAGCGUUCGGCCCGACGCGUCGUUCAGCCCGUGGAAAUCCGUCUACAUCAGACAGCAUCGCAUAGAGACCAACUGGAGGAUGGGCGACAGGAGGGAACCCAUGGUGCUGAAAGGCCAUGAUGAUCAUGUGAUCACCUGCCUCCAGUUCAGCGGCGACCUGAUCGUCAGCGGCUCGGACGACAACACGCUCAAAGUGUGGUCGGCCGUCACUGGGAAGUGUCUGCGCUCGCUGACGGGCCACAGCGGCGGCGUGUGGUGCAGUCAGAUGUCCGGCGCCACGGUGAUCAGCGGCUCCACCGACCGGACGCUGCGGGUCUGGGACGCCGAGAGCGGCGAGUGCGUCCACGCCCUGUACGGCCACACGUCCACGGUGCGCUGCAUGCACCUGCACGGCGACAGGGUGGUGUCUGGUUCCCGGGACACGACGCUGCGCGUGUGGGACGUGUCGACGGGCCGCUGCGAACACGUGCUGACGGGCCACAUGGCGGCGGUGCGCUGCGUCCAGUACGACGGGCGCCGCGUCGUGUCGGGCGGAUACGACUACAUGGUGAAGGUGUGGGACCCCGAGACGGAGGUGUGUCUGCACACUCUGCAGGGUCACACCAACAGAGUGUACUCUCUGCAGUUUGACGGCGUCUUCGUGGUGAGCGGCUCGUUGGACACGUCAAUCAGAGUCUGGGACGUGGAGACAGGCGGAUGUGUUCACACGCUGACCGGCCAUCAGUCGCUGACGAGCGGGAUGGAGCUGCGGGACAACAUCCUGGUGUCCGGGAACGCCGACUCCACCGUUCGAGUGUGGGACAUCCGGACCGGACAAUGUCUUCACACGCUGCAAGGUCCCAAUAAACACCAGUCUGCAGUGACCUGCCUGCAGUUCUGCAGAGGUCUGGUUCUGUCCAGCUCCGACGACGGGACCGUCAAGCUGUGGGACCUGCGGACCGGCGCCUGGCUGCGGGACGUGGUGGCGCUGCAGAGCCGCGGAUCAGGCGGCGUGGUUUGGCGAAUCAGAGCGUCCGACACCCGGCUGGUUUGCGCUGCAGGAAGCAGGAACGGCACCGAGGAGACCAAGCUGCUCGUUUUGGACUUUGACCUGGACGACACCAAGACCGACUUGGACCUGAAAUGAGAGAGAAACCGACCAAUCAGACUGAAGGAGGCUACAGAAACCGACUCUUUGUUGUUGUUGUUGUUGACCAAAGUCCGACUGAACCAGUCAGUCAGCUGUGAAUGUUACAACACGACCAGAAACGGACGGACAGAAAGAACCUGCUGCUGGACGAUGAAUCAAAAAGAAUAAUGGAUGUAAUAUAUGAAUGUUUGAUGAA